GGACACGCAUAAGCUAGGAAAUGGGUUGGGGAGCACAACAUAUACAACAACAACAACAGCAACAACAUCAGCAGCAACAAACUCAACAACAGCUUCAGCAACAAUUGAAACACAAAUCACCAACGUCGUCAUCAUCGUCGGCGGCUGCUGCACAUCUUCAACAACAACAUCAACAGCAAAACGCAGCCGCGGUCGCUGCAGCUAUGCAUGCACCACUUAGCACACAUGCAGCCCCGUUGGCGCCACCACCACCUCAUCCUCACACGCACCCGCAUUCGCUUGAUAUGUUGUACUCCCAAAACCGCCAACAACAGCAACAACUCCAUCACUAUCACCAACACGCACAACAACAGCAACACCCGCUUUACCAACAGAACAGCAUAGGCAGUAACGGCAGCACUGCUAGCCAUGAUCACGGCUUUGGUUCUAAAGGCGCUGGCAACAGUUCAUCAACAACAAAAAACAAUGGCAACGCUUCCAGUGGUGGCAGUAGUAGUAGCACGUCACGACAUUCUUCGGCAACUUCCAAUACUGCUGCGCAACAGUUGGCUGCAGCAGCAGCAGCCGAAAGUGCAGCCGCUUAUAACUUCCUGUGUGGUUCUGCUGCAGCAGCCGCUGCCGCCGCCGCCACAAUGCUGAGUCCACCACUAAGCGCCAACUCUACAUUAGCCGCCGUCAAUCCCUUCGCCAACCCAUUUGAUUGGUUAGGCGCAAGCACUGCCACGGUGGACAAACAAAUACGUCCUACUCCAGCUGAAAAACAGGCGCGUGCGAUUGAUGCCAGCCGCUAUAAUAGAGCUUCUCAACAACAGCAACAGCAAACGCAGCAGCAACAAAACAACAGUGCGUCAGCUGCAACGCCGACAUCAACUUCGGCAGUAGCAGCGGCUGCAGCAGCUGCAAAUGAUUUCAUGUCGCUCUUUAGCGCCGCAGCCGCUGCUGCUGCUGCAGGUGAACACUCCAGUUCACAUCGUAGUUCUUCGAAUGCGUCUGCUGGAUCGGUGGCAAGCUCUACAUCAUCUACAGCGGCGGUGAACGCGAGCAGUAACGCGCAUAAACUUACCGCAGCAGCGGCGGCGUCGUCAGCUGCCUUAGCUGCAGCCCAUGCGUCGUCUUUAUUCUCUCCACCCACGGCGGCAGCGGCCAAUGCAUAUCAUUUACAGCCGCCAAGUGCGGCAGUUGCUGCAGCCGCAGUGGCCGCCGGAACACAUGGUCUGCCCUCGCCGACAAUAUAUCCGCCAACACCACCACCGUCAACACCCUGGAUACAUCCUUGGUACGCGGGGGGCGAGACGUUUUGAAACUGACGCGGACGUGCGAUCUAAAUAGAAUCCUAAAGAGUAAACAUUAACGGCAGAACACCCUGUGAGCGAAGGUGGUGAGCGUAAGUGUUCGUUGGUGUUGUUUCAAAAUGAUUGAACAAAUUAA